AUGGAGUCACCAUCUGAGGUCAAAAGAUCGACCCCCAUCAUCACUAUACAACCAAAUGAAACUAUAUUGACUGCGUUUCCCUAUGGACCUCAUACUUCUCUGCUGGAUUUCCUGAAAGGAGAGCCAAAAGUCUUGGGGGCUAUCCAGAUCCUGUUUGCCCUGAUCAUUGCGUGCAUUGGAAGUAUAUUUGCAUUUAAUUACCUCUAUUUCUCCCAGAGAUUUCCCCUUGUUUUCCUCACUGGAUAUCCAUUCUGGGGAGCAUUUAUUUUUAUUAUUACAGGAUACCUCACAGGAAUCAACAACAAAGAAAAAUUUCUGGGACAAGGUGUCGUGUCCAUGAAUGUUAUCAGUUCCUUGGUUGCGGUUGCUGGCAUUAUUCUCACCAUUAUCAGCUUUAGACAUCAGCAUGAUUACUGCCAGACUCCUUCCGUUGAAGGACUAUGUGUAAUAGGUAGAACCCUUUUCAAUGGAAUUUUGUCAGUCUUACUGAUCAUCAGCAUAGCAGAGCUCAGUAUCUCUGUGACUAUCGCCUCUUUUGGGAGCAAGUGCUGGACAAAGUCAAAUGAGAUUGUGUUUUUCUUCCCUUCGGAUGUUACUCAAGAGAGUGAAUUCUCUGUCCCAGAAGAAAAUGCUGUAAUACAAUUUGAGCUUCAAGAAGAGUCUUCUAGUGAGAAUUCAGUAACAAACAUACAACCUUUUUUCUUUGGAGGCUAUACUUUCUUCAAGUUAAAAGUCUUAAGCAAUCCUUUAGCCUUACAACAGUUAGAGAGGAGAGGCAGCAAUAGUAAUUACGCAUCUGUAUUUGUGCCAGAUGAACCACAAAAAAGUAUCCCUCCACCUUUAAAACUAUAUGAGGAAGAAGUUGAGCCGAAACCUUUGCCUCCCAUAUUAGAGAAAAGGCCCUCAGAAAAUAUUGUGUACACUGAAAAAUUCACUGAUGAAGACCUAAAAUCUGCUAUGAUACGACCCCCAGAAAUGCAAACCCAAUUGCUACAGGCCCAAGAUUUACCAGUCAAAGUUUUUCCAUCCCAUUAUGUAAAACAACUUCAAAUGUUACCAACCCAAGACUUGCCAUCCCAAGCUCUGCCAGCCAAAACUCUGCCAGUACAAGCCCUGCUAUCUGAAGCCCCAACAUCCCAUGUCACACAGUCUCAUAGCCUGACAUCUGAAGACAUGCCAUCCCAAGACAUACCAUCCCAAGACAAGCAAUCCCAGGACAUGCCACCCCAAGAUACACAAUCCCUAGACAUGUCAUCUCAAUACACGUCAUCCCAAGACAUGCUUUCCCAAAAUAUACCAUGUCAAGACAUGCCUCCCCAAGAUAUGCUUUCCCAAGUACAAGUUUUUCCAGCACAAGCCGUGCUAUUUAAAGCCCCAGCAUUCCAUCCUGCACAGUCCCCUAGUAUACAACACAAUGAGAAAUCCCCAGAUCUUCAACUACAAAACAUCCAACCUCAAGACCAGCAAUUUAAACAAGUAUCAUAUCAAAGCAUUCAAUCAGAAGUCAUGUUUCUGACCCAAGAAUGGAAACCUGUGAAGGAACUCCAAGGCAAGAAAUCCCCAAAGGAGCAUUCCUUAGGCUGCCAAGGCAAAGGCAUGCAAUCUCCAAAGCAUAAAUCUUUAAACCUACAAACCCAAGAUCAUCAAUCCUCAAAGACUAAAUCCCUAGACAAGCACAUCAUAUGUUGCCUAUCCCUAAAGAGGCAUUCUAUAGAUAAGCAAGUCCAUGCUAAGCAAACCACACAGCCAGCCCCAGAUCAGCCAGCUGAAGACCAGCUGGCUCAAGGGGAGCAAUCCCUAAAGCAACAAUCUCAAAAUAUGCAAAGUGAAGACCAACAGGAGAGAUCCCCAAAGGAACAAACCAAAAGUGGACAAGAUAAAGAUCAACAGGCUGUUAAAGAGAAAUCCUCCAAGAAACAAACCCAACACCAGCGAGAUGAAGAUCAGCAGGUCCAACAGGAGAAAUCCCCAAAGCAGCUGUGCCAAGAUUGGCAAUCCGAAAUCCAGGAAUACCAAGACUGGCAAUCCCCAAGAAAGCAAUCUCCAGACUGGAAAACCCAAGGCUGGCAGUCUUUAAGCCAACAAUCCCAAGGCUGUAGAAACAAAGAUUGGAAAGCACAAGAAUGGCAAUUUGAAAUGCAGCAUUCCCUAAAUUGGGGAUCCCAAGCCUGGCAAGUCCAAGAUCUAUUAGAGAAAGAAUCCCUAAGGCAGAAAGCUCUAUUCCAAGAAGCCCAAACUCUGCAUGCCUUAACUCGACAUCAUCUAGAUUCGCAAUUACCAGACUUUCUGUUUCAAAACAAUCAGUGUCAAGAGAAGGACCAACAAGACUUUCAAUCCACAAGUAGCCAAGAAGAAUAUAUGCAAAUAGACACUAUGCAAACAAGAGACAUCAAACCAGGGGACAUGAAAAGUCAGUGCCAAAACCCAAGUGACCUGCAAGCAGAAGACGCAAAGCCAGAUUUUCAUUUUUCCUCCUGCCAAAGCUCAGUACAAGACACGGAUUUCGCCUCUUUGUCCAAUAUAGAUUCAGAGAAAGAUGUGCAACAAAAUGUUUCGAUUUGCUCAACUUCAUACAAAGAAGACCCAUCUUUAACUUCUGCCUCAUCUUAUCCAAAAGAUCAACAGCAAUCUGAAGACUCAGACUAA